ACUUCUGGUGGCGGUAAAUGAAAUGGCGAACGUCGGAGGGGGCGGCGGUGGUGCGGGCAAGAUGGCGGAUAAGGAGAAGAAGAAGAAGGAGAGCAUUUUAGAUCUUUCCAAAUACAUUGACAAAACGAUCCGGGUGAAGUUCCAGGGUGGGAGAGAAGCAAGUGGUGUCUUGAAAGGAUUUGACCCUCUACUGAACCUUGUACUUGAUGGUACCAUUGAAUAUAUGCGAGACCCAGAUGAUCAAUACAAAUUAACAGAAGACACACGUCAGCUGGGACUUGUGGUCUGCAGAGGGACUUCAGUGGUUCUCAUUUGCCCACAGGAUGGAAUGGAAGCGAUUCCAAACCCUUUCAUUCAGCAACAAGAUGGAUAAUGGUGUUGGGCUGUCUUUGAAGACUUUGGGGGUGCAAAUCAUUGGAGGAAACGAUCAGUGUGUGAGAAGUUUCAUGUUUUUGGAGAGGAGUUUGAAUGUGUGUUUGUUGGUGUGAAAGAGCAGUCGACUUUCAUUUUUGUGGCUUUCCAUGAGCAGGAAGAGAAUGAGAUGUGAUGUGCAAGGAACAAGUUCUGAUUCCUUUUUUUUUUCCCCUGAAAUAAAUGUGAAGCUCUACAUUGCUAAGAGCUGAGAGCAGAGAAUAUUCUGUCUAUGAAUUGUCAGAAACCCUCCUGGUAUUGUGAGUCUUGAAACCACCACAUAAAAUUAGUAAAGAUUUCUCUCAACGCUGGUCAUUUGAUCUACAUUUUUAAAUACAUUAAAAUAUAUUUGAAUUAAUCUGAAUACAUUAGAAUUCAUUUUUCUCCCUCUUAGAUGUCAGUACACAGCUGGGAAGCAUUUUGCAUCGUGUUCUAGGCUUCCUGCUGGUGAGUUAAUCUCUCUUGCCUUCCUGCUCCAGUCCAUGGAAGACAAUUACUUUGAUCAUAUGGUAUCACCUUUACAAGCUGUGUAGCUAAUAAGGUAUUUUUUAGCACUUGUUACAAAUCUUUUGGACUAUCAUUGUGAAUUGGAAGGCUCCCAGUUUCUACAUAAAGACUGGAGUCCCUUGUCAGAUUAUUGUCUCAGCUGGGUGAUACAAACCUUAUGGAAACGUGCUUAUUAGUAGGAAUUGUAGGGGAGGAAAUAUUAAGAUCCUAAUGUUCAAUUGAAGCAGUGUCUGGAAAUACUGCAUAUUUUUUUAUAUUGUUAGCUACCUACUUGUGGUUGCACUUGUUAUAACUUGAUUUGUAAGUAAACAUUUUUUAUUUCUUCACAAGUAGCAAGAUUUGAGGAGUUGUGAACAAAUAAAUACAAAUUAACCUGUUCCUAAA